AUGUUGGACACGGCGCGGGACGUCGGCCUGCAAUGCCUCGUGGAGGUGCACGACGAGGCCGAGAUGGCGACCGCGGCGGAGGCCGGCGCGGCGGUCAUCGGCAUCAACAACCGCGACCUGCGGACGUUCAAGACGGACCUCGCCGUGACCGGGGCCCUGGCGUCGAAAGCCCCCGCCGACGCCGUGCUCGUGAGCGAGAGCGGCAUUCGGGACCGCGCGGACAUGGAGCGGCUGCGGGACCUCGGGGCGCACGCCGCGCUGGUGGGCGAGGCCAUCGUGACGCAGCCGGACCCCGGCGCGAAGAUCGCGAGCUGCUGGGUGUGCAGGCGCCCGCGCAAGGAGCAAGCGCGCAGGAAGCGCGGCAGCCAUGACACUCGUGAAGAUCUGCGGCCUUCGAGACGUGGAGCACAUGGUCGCCGCCGCGGAGGCCGGCGCGGACCUGGUUGGCUUGAACUUCCUGCCGACGGUGCGCCGCUACAUCCCGCCGGAGGACGGCGCCGCGCUGGCGUCGACCUUUCGCGAGCGGAAGCAGGGCCGAGGCUGGUGGGGCUCUUCGCAGACCAACCCGUCGAGCACGUCAACGCGGUUGCGGCGCAGGUAGGGCUCGACUUCGUGCAACUCUGCGGCAGCGAGCCGCCGGAGUACUGGGCACAAGUGGAGCCGGCCAUCCUCAAGGUCGUGCACGUGCCCCCGGCCGCAUCCGGGGAUACCGACGACCAAUACGCCGUCGUGGAGACGGUGGAAGUACGGUUGCAGGCCAUCAGCAAUGCCGGACACAUCGCCUUGCUGGACCGGCAGUCGUCGGUGCAGCCCGGCGGAAUGGGCGAGAUGUUCGACUGGUCAGUCGCGAAGGAACUGGCCGCUCUCGGCUAUCGCUUCAUCCUCGCGGGCGGGCUGACGCCGGAGAACGUCGCGGGGGCCAUCGAGGCGGUAGGGCCGUUCGGGGUCGACGUCUCCAGCGGCGUCGAGACCGAUGGCGUCAAGGACAUCGAAAAGAUACGCCGCUUUGUGGCAGCGGCCGGACAAGGAGCCCCCUUAUGA